AUGAGCGUCACGAACCCCCGCCCGAGUCGUCUUGGCAUCCGUUCGCUGGCAAAGAAGUCGUUCCGUUUGGUGAGCAAGCUCAGGAGCAGGACAUGCCGAGCACGACCCGGCAGCGUCAUGCCGAGCAUCCACGCCAUCACCACCGCCGAGAUGCUCAGCAGCAGCGACUCGCUCGACGCCCUGCGGUUCUCGCCUCGGCCGGACCGCGAAAACUACAGCGCCUCCUUCGAGGACUUCUGGAGCGGCAUCUCCCUCGACUGCGACAGCAGCACCCAGCCGAACCCCGCGAUGGACGACCAGGUCGCGACGGGCUUCUUCGGGAAGCUGCCCAAGGAGGUCCGGGAGAUGAUAUACCAGGAGCUCUGGCGCGCGGCCGGCCUGAGCCAGCAUGUCAUCCGCACGCAGGCCGGGUACGCCCACUCCCGGUGCUUGUUCGACCGACCCGGCGCCAGGGCCGCGGACGGCGAGGAGCCGUGGGAGUUCAACUGGAUGGCGCCCGACGCGCACGGGCCGGGGCCGCUCUGGUACAAGCGGGAGAUGUCGACCUGGUGCGACCACUGGAAGUGCGAGGAGUCGAGGGAGGAAAUGGAGAUAUGGCGGGACAUUGCGAGAGGCCGGACGGGCCACUCGGUCCAUCUCGAAACGUGGACAGCAUUCUUACCCAUGAUGCUGACCUGUAAACGAAUGUACUCGGAAUGCGCUUCUUCCAUCUACGACUCGGUGGUCUUCGCCAUCACCGACAUCACCCUGGCACGGAACCUCUUCGGCGCGCGGCAUCGGGGGCCCGCCGGCGGCCACCCGCUCCGGCGCGUCAACCUCUCGUUCCGGCGGCAGGCCGACGAGGGAAGCAGCUUCGAGCAGUGGGUCGACUCGUGGAGCGCCGUCCUCCGGCUCCUCGACACCCCGGGCCUGGCGACGGUGAACCUCUGGCUGGACAGCGACGUCUACUACGAGCGGCACUGGCUGUCGGUGACGGCCAACGUGUUCCGCCGGGUGCCGGAGGCGCUGGCCCACAAGGUCGCCGUCAGCCUGCCGCCGGACGGACACGGAGACAGGACGGCGGAGGCGGCGGGGCGGUGUGGCUGA